GUGUUACGUGGGGUCGCUGCACUAUAGGUCAAUGACAGGAAGUGGAAACAGCAUUUGUGACGGUAGUAGCUCCUCUCUAAUCUUCUUGUGUACAUUUUUGACACAGAAAGCUGAUUUAGAGCGUCUGAAAUGUUAGAUACUGAGUAGUGGAGAAGCAUUUUGCUGAGAAAUAUUUUACUGUCAUUCAUCUCUCUUAACAUAUGUGCUCUGCAUUUCAGGUUAUCUGUUCAUUUUCUAAAAUUUCCUUUUACCAUGUUGGUAAAAUGCUAAUUCUGAUCAACUAUGACCAAAUCUGGGAGAUAAAAACAGAAAGGAGGUCAAAUUGAGCUAACAUCAAAUUAGUUAAAAACUUGUUUUGUCUUGCCUACAGUUCCAGUAUCACAGGCGUUAUUUUUAGCAGCAGCAUUUACACGGCCCACAGCUGCUUCAGAAUUUUUAGAAAUAUCAUGCAGUCGCAAUUGCACAACUCUGGGGAGGCCUUUAGUUCGACAUGACAGUGAAGACACGUCGUGGGAAACGAUCUAGAAUCUUUCGCGACACCAGAGCGCCGAGGAAGUCAGCAAGAGAAGGGUAGAUUUAACAAGCUAAACUUAAGUUGGAUUGAAAAAUCCUGGAGGAAACUGGAUAGCACUGUGAUCUUUGUGACACAGAUGAUUUUGGUGUCACAUUACCUGUGGUUAUGAGAAAGUCAUGAUGUUAAGUAAGUAUGAACACAUACCAGCCUACUGUGUGCCUGGAAGUUUCUUGACUCAGUGAGUCAGCCAGUUUCAGGCUGCUAAAGAGGGUGAGAGGCUACAGAAAGACACUCCUUCACUCAUGGGAACAGAACAUCUUACAGUAUACUACCCCUUACCUGCCCACCAGAUGUAUAACCAUACUCGUGCGACCUGCAAAAGGUGUUAACCACCACACAACUUGACUACUACUCUCACACUUUCUUUAUCUUGCAAAAAUUCACCCCUGUUAACCGCGUCCGUGUGAAACAUUAACACUGUGCAUUGCUUUUGCUAUAAUGCACAUAAUUUGGAUCUUUGCUCAAACCAGUGAUGGUACAGCAUGUUAAGUGAGACGCUACAUUUCUUAUAUCAUUUAACCACGUUUGGAACACGUGGGGUAACAGUGCUAUAGUUCCUGUAACAUUUCAUUCAGUCCACCUCCUUGAAUGCGUCCUGCAUGCUAGAGCUGCGAUAUGUGGAGUAUUUCAUAAUGGUUCUUCCUUAUUGUGCUUCACUUAAUCUAAUGGACCCAGAGCAGCUCUGCAACUUUGUUGAGUUGUUGGUUGUACAACCUGAGAAAUGCCUUUUAUACAGUACAUCUUACAUUUACUGACACAGCAGUGUUUCCAGGAAACCAGAACACGGUACAUAUGUCCACCCUUACACAACACCACUGACAAACACACCCUGCAGCAGAGGCAGUGAAACUGGAUUUAAACAGGUUUCAGUAUCAUCUGGGGAUGAUGCCCUAAGGGACCUCAAGCACAGCCUUUAUUUGUUCAGAAAGGUCGGUAUGAUUUACUUCAUCUCAAAUUAAACGCAUCACUGUUUCUAUUGCUUUUGUGGUUCAGUUAAUAAAAACACCACCCCUUAAAUCAAUAAGUAAAUGAUUAAUGUCCUGGGCGUUGUAGGACUGAGGUUGUAUUGACAGUUGGAACCGCCACCAAGAUCAAACACUUUAGCUGGUUCAACCUGUUCUUUUAUGCAUGUGUAUUAUCACCGGUCCCAACCCCAUUUUUCUGAAGGUAUAAAAAGACUUGCCUCCCUCAUCUUCCACUUCCAACACAUCUACUGCUCUGUCGACCUGUGUUGGUCUUCUAUUUUCUUUUUUACCGUCUUAACCACCUCUCAAGAAGCCACCAUGACCCAGAUAGAGACAGCCAUGGCCAUCCUGAUGAGGACCUUUGAUACAUAUGCUGCCAGUGAGGGCAGUAAGGACACCCUAAGCAAAGCCGAGGUCAAGAUUUUGCUGGAGAAGGAGCUGCCCGCGCUGCUCAAGGCAGCAAAGAACCAAGAAGAGGUUAACAAGCUGCUGAAGAGUCUGGAUUUUAACGGAGACUCUGAGGUCGACUUCAGCGAAUUUGUGGUGCUGGUCGCUGCUCUCACCUGCGCCUGCCACGACCGCUGUCCCAAGAAGUGAGCAGAGCGACUGCACUGUGGGCUGGGGCCGAAUAUGGCCAACGACAACAUAUAAUCCCUGUUUGUUUUCUGUAAUGUCUGAAUAAAAUGAUUUGUUUACCGGUC